AUGCCCUUGGAUGAUUCUCUCAGUGCGACCCUUACUACCAGACAGACGGCCAAUCUCCCCAGCACCUUCAAGUGGAGCUCAAGCGCGGCACUGGUUAGUCCCAAGAAUGAUGCCCGCAAACUGGCUGGGAUCAAAGACCCUUCAAUCGUCUUCUCCAACGGCAAAUAUCACGUCUUCGCGAGCACGGCCCAAGCUUCCGGGUAUAACUUAGUCUACUUCAGCUUCACUGACUUCGCCGAAGCAAACUCUGCUGAAUUUCACUACCUUGAUCAGACGCCAAUCGGUUCGGGCUAUCGAGCUGCCCCCCAGGUCUUUUACUUUGCACCUCAAAGCCUUUGGUAUCUUGUCUUCCAGAACGGUAACGCCGCAUACUCCACCAACAAAGAUAUCAGCAAUCCAACUGGUUGGAGUGCCCCAAAGAACUUCUAUAACAGCCAGCCCAGUAUUAUCACCCAGAACAUCGGCAGUGGAUAUUGGGUAGACAUGUGGGUCAUCUGCGACGCGUCUAACUGCCAUCUCUUCUCAUCUGAUGACAAUGGUCACCUCUACCGCUCACAAACCUCGCUCAGCAAUUUUCCUAGCGGCAUGGGCUCUACCGUAAUUGCUUUGUCCGACUCGAAGAAUGCCCUUUUCGAGGCAUCAAACGUGUACUCCAUCGGCGAGAGCAAAUAUCUUCUUCUUGUGGAAGCCAUUGGAAGCGACGGUGCCCGCUACUUCCGCUCAUGGACUGCGAGCAGUCUCUCCGGCCCGUGGACUGGUCUCGCCAAUUCGGAAUCAAACCCAUUCGCUCGUUCUAACAAUGUUGUCUUCAGUGGGACUGCAUGGACGAAGAGCAUCAGCCACGGCGAAGUGGUACGCACCAAUGUCGAUCAGACGAUGACCAUUAGCCCAUGCAAUCUACGCUAUCUUUACCAAGGUCUGAGUCCCAGCGCAAGCGGUGACUAUAAUACCCUGCCGUGGAAACUUGGUCUUCUCACCCAGACGAAUUCGGCUUGUUGA